AUGGCUAAGUGCGGGGGAUGUGGGCAGUUUAUUGCUGCAUCAGCGAGCGUUCGGUGUAGCAAGUGCGCGGGCUGCUACCACCGCGCCUGUGUGGGUGUUCCGCCGACGGCGACCCCUUCUCCUACAUGGUUGUGUCCCGGUUGCAAGGCGACACUGCCUAGGACGGAUAAUACCGCAACACCGGUUAAAGGUGCGGCAGCAGAUUACUCCGACUCACAUAGUCUGCCCACCGUCGCUCCCUCCGCUAGUCUGGAUCUGGCGCAGGAAAUUCGUGCCUUCAGGGAAGAGUUAAGUGGACUCAGGGCGGAUAUACGCCAGCUGCGGCAGGAGAAUGCUGAGUUCCGGGCUGCUAACGAAGGCUAUAAUGGGCGGAUGGGAGCGGUGGAGGGCAGGCUGGACAACAUCGAGCAGCGGUUUGAGUCGACGGAUGCUGCUUCUUACGACCGCCUCGAGCAGACGAUCGCUGAUUUAAAGGUACAGCUAAAUGAGCGGGAUCAGGACCUGUUAUUGAAUGACGUCAUCGUGUCGGGCAUUCCGGAGUCGAAGGCCGAGAACCCGGCUCACAUAAUUAAAGCAGUGUCACUGAAGCUCGGGAUCGACCUUGACGAUAGGGACAUUGUAAACGUCGAGCGCCUGGGCAGGGUACGCCGUAACCUCACCACCAGCUCAUCCCAGAACGACAUAGCGGAGCGCCCGCGGCCGCGCGCAAUCGCGGUGCGCCUAUCUCGCCGUGUAGUGCGAGAUCAACUACUACACGCGGCACGCGUGCGCCGCGGUCUUACCACUGCGGACCUCAACUUACACGGACAGCCUAAGAGGGUGUACGUGAAUGAGCACCUUACUCGCUCUAACGCGAGACUGUUUCAUCUGGCUCGUGAGGCUGGGCAGCGCUCGCGCUACAAGUACGUGUGGACAAGAGAGGGACGCAUCUACGCGCGGAAGGAGGACGGGGUCUCGGCUGUGCGCAUUCGCUCGGACGCCGAUAUUAAAGAAAUUUUUGGGGACGGAAAAGUUUGA